GUCUCCCUCUCCCACCAUCUCUUUCUCCCUCCUAGCCAUCUUAGCCCCAACAUUUGAUCUCUACUUCUUCUUCUUCUUCUUCUUCACACCGUGGAUUUGUCGUGUUAUGUGGAGAUCUCUUUGUCAUCGUGGAUAAAAGCAUGGUCCGGGCAUUAUAAUUGGUUGGAAACAAAACAACGUUGGUGUUCUGUUCUUGAGUUUUGUUAAUGAAAAUGGAGAGCAUUCAGUACCAGGAGGAGUAUAUAAGGAAUUCAAGAGGAGCCGUGCUAUUUACUUGUAGAUGGUUGCCUUCAUCUUCUCCAAAGGCGCUUGUUUUCCUCUGCCAUGGUUAUGGCAUGGAGUGCAGUGGAUUCAUGAGAGAAUGUGGAACCAGGCUAGCAGGUGCAGGAUAUGGUGUAUAUGGGAUUGACUAUGAAGGCCAUGGAAAGUCUAUGGGUAUUCGUUGUUACAUUAGGAAGUUCAACAACAUUGUUAACGACAGCAGUGAAUAUUUCAAGUCUGUUUGUAUGCAGGAAGGACACAGAGACAAGGGUAGGUUCCUGUAUGGAGAGUCAAUGGGAGGAGCUGUUGCCCUGCUUCUGCACAAGAAGGACCCUUCCUUUUGGAAUGGUGCUAUUCUUGUUGCACCAAUGUGUAAGAUAUCAGAGAAAGUGAAGCCUCACCCUGUUGUCGUGAACAUAUUGACUAAAAUGGAAGACAUCAUACCGAAAUGGAAAAUUGUACCAACAAAAGAUGUUAUUGACUCUGCGUUCAAGGACCCCAAUAAGCGGGAAGAGGUAAGGAACAAUAAGUUGAUAUACCAAGACAAACCAAGACUGAAAACAGCACUAGAAAUGCUCAGAACCAGCAUGAACCUGGAAGACAGUUUACAUGAGAUAAUGCUGCCGUUCUUCGUGUUACAUGGAGAAGCAGACAUUGUUACGGACCCAGAAGUGAGCAAGGCCUUGUAUGAGAAAGCCAGCAGCAGAGACAAGACCAUAAAACUGUACCCGGGCAUGUGGCAUGGAUUAACAUUCGGUGAGACAGAAGAAAACAUAGAAAUAGUGUUUGCUGAUAUCAUAGCUUGGCUUGACAAGCGCAGCUGUGAUAUUAUGGUCCAGCCAAUUCUCGAUGGCCAUGCUUUCAGCAGCUGUGUUACACCAUCAGCUGCAGCGACCAAGUCUAGAAAACUGUUCAAUACGAGCUACCUCUGCGGACUGAAGAGGCGCCGUACCCUCCAUCAUGUAGCAAUAUAGAUUGUACCAUAUCUUGUGGUUUAUGGCUUUAUCUUCAUUUUCUUCCAUAAGUGUAAUGUUGAAUAACUUUUAAGGGAAAUGAAAUUAAAGUGUGUGU